GCCUCCGCUCGCCUCCUUUCCCAUUCGUCUCGUCCUGAGCUGCGCCUCUCUCCUCUCUCCGGCGCAGCAGCCGCCUUCCUCAAAUUCCCCAAUCCCCAAACCCUAAAUAAAUCCCCUCCCGUCAGGGCAAUCGCCUCCCGAAAUCCACGGCUGAAUCCAGCAGUCUUCUUUCGCGGGGGGCGCGAGGCGGUGGCCCGUUGGAUGGGGCGGCGGCCGGCGCUUUCGGUUCCGUAGUGGAUUGAAGGCGCUUCCGGGGGUCCACCGCCUGCCUCUUUGAUGCUGCUGCCGCGGCCCUUCUAGAGGCUUUCACUGAAGGAAGCAGAAGGCACAACAAAGGCAGGCGCUGUGGCGAUGGCUCCGUCUCCAGCUGCAGCUGCUGGCCCCACCUUCGAAGACCUUGAACGUGACUUGCAGGCAGUUCUGAUGGACCAGAACCAUACAUCAUCUGCCGAUGACCUCAGCAUAUUCCGCAGUGGCAGCGCUCCCCCCACUGUCGAGGGCUCUCGCACCGCCAUUGGUGCGCUCUUCUCUGGUCCACCACUUCAUGUCAACAAUCUUGGUGGCGGCAGUAGUAGCGGUACUGGUGUUGACAUGCUCACUGAGGAAGAGAUACGUUCACACCCAGCAUAUCUGUCGUACUACUAUUCUAAUGAGCACCUCAACCCAAGGCUUCCACCACCAGUGGUGUCUAAAGAGGACUGGCGUGCGGCACAGCGGUUCCAGGUUGUGUCUGGAGGUAUUGGGGAUAGAAGGAGGCGGCCCUCAGAGGUUGGGGGUGGAAACUCGCUGUUCUCAGUGCAGCCAGGGGCACGUGAGGGUGGUGGAGAGAAGGUGUUGCUGAAUGAUAGAAUUGGUAGAGGUGAAAGGAAUGGGCUUGCACGACAGCAGUCAUCGGAGUGGCUCGGGAGGGGCGCCGAUGGGCUCAUUGGCUUGUCAGAUGUCAAUGGCCUUGGGUCUCGGCGCAAGAGCUUUGCUGAUGCAUUGCAGGAAAAUAUUAGCCGUCCUGCUGCUAUGGCUGGUCAUCUUUCACGGUCCAAUAGCCGCAAUGCUCUUGAGAGCCCAAAUCCAAUCAGGUCAUCUGAUUCACCUAAACCACAACUGCAGAACAGAUCAGAGUCCAUGAAUGGCCUGCGAUCUGGAUCCACUUCACCCAGUUUGGUCAGGGUCCAAAGUCUUGGUUCGUCAAUGUCUCAUACCUUUGCUUCUGCAGUAGGCUCCUCUGUCUCAAGAAGCACCACCCCAGACCCCCAGCUGAUCCGGAGAACUCCUAGCCCCUGCCUUCCUCCAGUUGGAGUUCGAAUGGGGAGUUCUGAUAAAAAGGUUGAAGCUAUAGCAGCUGCUUCAGUUAAUCAUGAUGGUGCUGACAUUGCGGCAACUCUGUCUAGCUUAAGCCUCUCUGGAAAUAAGAUGUCAAAUGUGGAAACUGAAGCUCAGAAUCAUGUUUACCAGAACUUUGGUGAUCAGACAGAUGUACUGUUCAAUGUACCGAAGGAACAUAUGCAAUUUUCACAGCAAAAUUUAGCUCAGAGUACUGAUGAAGACUCGUUUAAUGCCCCUGAAUAUGCAGUUUUUCCAAAUGGGGGGAGUAACUUCAGUAAUUUGCAUGUUAGUAAGCUGGCGUCUCAUAGCAAUAGCAAGUUCUCUAUGCAAUCACCACACGGUAAUGCCAACAAGAAAGGAUCUUUGGUGAGCUCAGCUGGAUCAAUUUCUCACUACCAGAACCUGAAUGGUGAUAACCCUGGCAUUGAUGUAUCUGGACGGCAUAUGAAGACUCAUGCAGGCAGUUUUAAUUCGUCCAUGCUAAACAGUCAACUGACUCCUGGUACACUUAAUCCCUUUCCCCAUCUCUUCCUCUAUGCAUGUCUGUCUGUCUUUCAUUCACUCACCUUUUGGACUGUGUUUUCAUGUCCAGAUGCGGACUAUGGCAACAUUCUUUCGAACCAUGGGGGAUCCAGUUUUCAGGGCCAACCGACGGAGACAAUGUAUGCACAAUAUUUGCAGGCAAACCCUGACUCCCCCCUUGGUGCAACUGCAAGCAUGAGUCCUUUCCAAGGGAGGGGUUUUACUAGCACAGGUCACCUGGAUAGUCCUGGAUACCAAAAAGCAUACCUUGGGUCAUUAUUUGCCCAGCAAAAGCUUCAGUAUGGAAUGCCAUACCUUACCAAAUCUGGUGGUCUUAAUCCAAAUAUUUAUGGCAAUGAUCCUGCAUUUGGCAUGGGAAUGACUUAUCUAACAAGUCCUCCAUCUAGUCCGUAUAUCUCGUCUCAUCAAGGCCAUGCCAGGCAAGGAGAGCGACUAACCCGAAUUCCAUCUGUGGUGAGGAACACUGCUGGAGGAUCCAUGGGAUCAUGGAAUUCAGAAAAUGGUCUGAUAGAUAAUGGUUACGGGUCCUCCCUGCUGGAGGAAUUCAAAACCAACAAAACCAGAUCUUUUGAGCUGUUAGAUAUUGUAGGCCAUGUGGUCGAAUUCAGUUCUGAUCAGUAUGGGAGUCGCUUUAUACAGCAGAAACUGGAAACUGCUUCUAUUGAAGAGAAGAACCUGAUUUUCCCUGUGAUCCUUCCCCAGGCACGUACUUUGAUGACUGAUGUUUUCGGAAAUUAUGUUAUACAGAAGUUCUUUGAAUAUGGAACUGAAACACAAACGAAGCAACUGGCAAGCCUACUCAAGGGCUAUGUGUUACAGCUGAGUCUUCAAAUGUAUGGCUGCCGAGUGAUUCAGAAGGCUUUGGAAGUUGUUGAAGUGGAACAACAAACACAAAUGGCUCUGGAGCUUGAUGGAUCUAUCAUGAGAUGUGUUCGUGAUCAGAAUGGCAACCAUGUUAUCCAAAAAUGUAUAGAAUGCAUCCCUCAGGAGAGGAUACGCUUUAUUAUUUCAGCCUUCUAUGGACAUGUGGUGGAGCUUUCCAUGCAUCCCUAUGGUUGCCGUGUUAUUCAGAGAGUCUUGGAGCACUGUGAUGAUGAAAGCACACAAAAUGCCAUGAUGGAAGAGGUUAUGCAGUCUGUGGUUACUUUAACUGAGGACCAGUAUGGCAAUUAUGUAAUCCAGCAUGUUCUGCAGCAUGGGAAACCAGAAGAGCGUUCUACUAUAAUUACACAACUUGCUGGUCAGAUAGUGAAGAUGAGCCAGCAGAAGUUUGCUUCCAAUGUUGUUGAGAAAUGUCUUACUUUUGGUACUCCUGAGCAACGCCAGAUUCUGAUCAAUGAGAUGCUUGGCACAACUGAUGAAAAUGUGCCAUUACAGGCAAUGAUGAAAGAUCAGUUUGGAAACUAUGUGGUGCAGAAGGUUCUAGAGAUCUGUGAUGACCAGAACCGUGAAUUGAUUCUUUCCCGUAUCAAGGUACACUUGAAUGCACUGAAAAGAUACACCUAUGGAAAACAUAUUGUUGCGCGUGUUGAGAAGCUCAUUGCUGCAGGAGAACGGCGUGUUGGCGCUCCAUCUUGCUGAGAUGGCAAUGGUUAGUUGACAGAAUAACACCUGUACAGACAGACAGACAGACAGACAGAUAGCGAGGCCUAGCUUUUUACCAUUACCCCAGUAGUCAGUCAUGUUGAGUGAGUACAACCGGAGAAGUUAAAAAAGGCUCCAAAAGCCUUUGCUGUAAAUAAAGGAGAGCCUCUGGAAAUAAAUAAGAAAUCAGAAGAAGAGAUUUUGCUUGUCCUUGAGAAAUCAAGCUGUAUAUUUGUAUGGUUUAUUUUCCCCUAUUGAAGCAGCAGGAUAAAGAAGUGCAAAAUACUGUUGAAGAAGCAAAGCAAUUACCAGAAAGAAAAAGGUUUAGGAUGAUAGAUGAUGGGAAUCAAGGACAGCUGUAGAAUAUCCUUUUUUUCCUUGGAUUUGACCUGUCAGUGUAUAAGUUCAUGGUGAUGUUUAAAUCUCUGUAAAGCCUGCCUUUAAUUUACUGACAUUUUGCUGAAAUCAAAUGCAUGUUUCUCUGUCAAAUGCCA